AUGCCGUUGCCCGUGGACAUGGAGUCAUGGGUAGAAGGCAAGCUGGCAGAGUUGACUCUCGAAGAGAAGGCUCUCAUGCUUUCGGGUGUGGACGUAUGGAGGACGUAUCCGGUUCCGCGCCUUGGAAUCCCUCAAUUGAAGACGUCUGACGGACCCGUCGGCAUCCGUGGUGGUACUAUGGUCGAUGGAACCACGGCCGCAAUGGCGCCCAGCGCGGUUUCGUUGGCGGCUACUUGGGAUACCGAUAUCAUCUCGCAGCUCGGAAGCCUUCUGGCCACCGAGAUGCGGGACAAGAAGGCGGAUAUCCUUCUCGCCCCAACAGUGUGUCUCCACAGAUCCCCAUUGGGCGGCCGAAACUUCGAGUCCUUCUCCGGCGACGACCCGUUCCUCGGCGGCAAGCUCGCAGCCGCAUACAUCAACGCCGUGCAGGAGCACGGCAUCGCCACGACGAUCAAGCACUUUGCGGCGAACGACCAAGAGACGGGGCGGUUCGUCGUGAACCAGAUCAUGUCUGAGCGGUGUCUCCGCGAGCUCCACCUGGUGCCGUUUCAGAUUGCGAUCCGAGACGCGAAUCCGUGGUGUAUCAUGGCCAGCUACUCGAAGAUCAACGGCGUGUAUGCGAGCAACAACAAGAAGUUGCUCACGGAUAUCCUAAGGAAGGAGUGGGGCUUCGACGGGAUGGUCAUGAGCGAUUGGUUCGGUGUCAAUAGUAUCGUGCCGAGUGUGGACGCCGGCAUGGAUCUGGAGAUGCCUGGGCCGGCAAGAAAACGCGGAAAGAACCUUUCGGAUGCCGUCAAAAAGGGAUUCAUGGAGGAGAAGACGCUGGAUGCAUGCGUCCGGAGAAUUUUGCAAUUGAUUCACAAGACUGGAAAAUACAAAUAUCCCGACUGGGUGGAAGAGCAGGAGGAGGCCCAUGAUCGUCCUGAGCACCGGCAAUUUCUACGAGAGGCGGCCGCCGAUGGAAUAGUGCUUCUCAAGAAUGAGGGAGACAUCCUUCCUUUGACGGCCUCCAAGCUGGAUGGCAUCAAACAGAUUGCUUUUAUCGGACCUAACGCGGAUGAAUCGGUUGCCGCUGGUGGAGGAUCUGCCGCCCUGAACCCCCACUACCGCCAGAAACCCUACCAGCAAUUCAAAGCCAACAUCGCCUCGCCACACCCCGACCUCGUGGUCAAGCACGCCCGCGGAUGUCUAGCCAACAAGUUCGUCCCCGUAUUCUCCGAGGUCUGCGUCUCCCCCAAGAACGGAAUGCACGGGAUGCACAUGGAGUACUUCGGCAACAUGGAGCACAAGGGCCAGGUAGUCCACAGUGCCCACAGGAUCAGCACGAUACUUUCGUGCUACGACAACCUGCCCAAGAGCUUCACUCCCGGAAAACGAUACUCCUACCGUGCAACUGGUCUGCUCACGCCAAAGACUACCGGAAAACACAUGUUCUCUAUGGGCACAUGCGGGCCCGGAAGAAUGCUCCUCGACGGAAAGGAGAUCAUCAAUAUCUGGAACCGCACCAAGGAGUCGGAGCGCUCGGAGAUGUUCAUGGCGUACGCCUCUCCCGAGAAGCGGGUGGAGAUAGAUAUGGUCGGCGGCCGGACCUACACCGUCGAGGUGGAAGGUGUAUCCCGCGAACUCGAUCCGAUACCCGUGCACUACACGGACGAGCUCUACCGUGACGAGGUUAUGGACGGCUCGCGGGUCGGAUUCAUGGAGGAGGUGAAGGAGAAUCUCUUCGGCGACGCAGUCGCGCUCGCCGCCGAGUCCGACAUCGUCGUCAUGGUCGUCGGCAAGAACAUCGAGUGGGAGAGCGAGGCGUACGACAUGAAAUCGAUGGAUCUUCCCGGCGCGCAGAACGAGCUGAUCCAGGAGGUUUUGAAGGUCAACCCCAACACCAUCAUCGUCAACCAGUCCGGCAGUCCUAUUAGCAUGCCGUGGCUCGCCGCCGCGCCAACAGUAGUGCAGGCCUGGUACCAAGGACAGGAGCUCGGCAACGCGCUGUUCGACGUCCUUGUCGGCGCCGUCAACCCGAGCGGCAAGCUCCCAGUCACGUUCCCAAAGCGCCUCGAGGACACCCCGUGCUUCCACAACUUCCCGGGCGAGAACGACACCGUCGUCUACGGCGAGGGCAUCUACCUGGGAUACCGGCAUUACGAGAAGGCGAAGAUCGCACCACUAUUCCCAUUCGGCCACGGGCUCUCAUACACCACCUUCCGCUACUCCAACGUGCGCGUCUCCUCGUCACUCUUCUCCCCAGACUCCCCGCUCGUCGUAUCAGUGGACAUAACCAACACCGGCUCCCUUUCCGGCAAGGAGUCUGUACAAUUCUACGUUUCGCAGACCACGAAGCCUGGUCUGCCGCGCCCGAUCAAGGAGCUCAAGGGCUUCGCCAAGGUGUCGCUGCAGCCGGGCGAGACCAAGACUGCGUGCUACACGCUCGACAAGUACGCCCUCGGUUACUUCAACGAUAGGAAGAUGCUGUGGGUCGUCGACGAGAAUGCAGAGUUCGCGGUCCAUGCUGCCGCCAGUUCGGUUGAUGUUAGGGGCCACGCGGUGUUCAGGGUCGCGAAGGGGUUGAGCUGGAUCGUUUAGUGGAGUGCGUGAGCCUUACGGUUGGGAGCGCGUGGCUUGGUCGGUGUGCGAGGCGUCUGGUAUUUUUCGGGUUUGUUUCUUUCCUUUUUGUUUUGUUUUUCGUUUUUGUUUUUUGUUUUCGCUGGGUUUUUUGUCGGGCUUUCAUUUUCGUUGGUUUUGUUUUGUUUUUGUUUUUGUUUUUGUUUUUGUUUUUCGUUGGUUUUGUUUUUCCGUUUCAUCUUCCUUAGUUUCAUUUUCAUUUUUUUUGCUUUCCUUUUCGUUUUCGUUUUCAUUUUAGUUUUGUUUUCAAUUUCGUUUUGAUUUUGAUUUCAUUUCCGUUUUUGAUUUAUACAUUCUUUAGUUCUUUUGGUUAAGCAGGCCUCCAUUCCAUGAUACCUACAUGCAUGUAUGGGUUUUGAUGUUUGCUAAGAGUUGAGUUCGAGGAUGAUGAUGAUGAUGAUGAUGAUGAUGAAUGCAGCGC